AAUGCUCAGAUAGAAACAGAGAUAGUCUACUCAUCUCUGUUUGCCUCGAAAAAGCGAGAAACUUGUCCUCCAUAUUGAUAGUGACUAGUGACUGCCGAAACCUGUGUAUAUGACUGCGUUCAUAAGUGUGCAUUAUACUGAAGUUUGCAGAGUACAAUUGCAUACUUGUCGUUAGUCGCAUGUAAGUUUACGUGUCCUAUAAGCCACGUCAAAAUAUUUGAUACAAUGGUGGAAAUCGAGUCUAUGACAAGAUAUGUCUCUCCCAUAAAUCCUGCAAUUUUUCCAUUACUGGCAGUGGUGUUACUAGGAAUUGGAAUAUUCUUUACAGCAUGGUUCUUUGUUUAUGAAGUUACUAGCACAAAAUUUACAAGGGACAUGUUUAAAGAAUUAUUAAUCUCUCUAGUAGCAGCAAUAUUUUCUGGUUUUGGUAUAUUAUUUUUACUCCUUUGGGUUGGAAUUUAUGUAUAGAUUGAUUCGAUUAAUGAGAAAAACUAAUUUUAGGAUUAUGUGUAAUAGCAUUUAAGAAAUUAUAUAAUAAUCUCACAUCAUUAGGAAUAAAAACAAUGUAUUUUUACUAAAUCGUGCAAUGUAGUGAUCAAUCUAUACAUUUAUCACACAGUGAACAAGCAUUUAUAUUUUUUAAUAUGUAUCUAAAGUCACUAUUUGAGGUAUAUGACUUCUUUCCAUAGUUUUAAAAAAGUCAAUUAAAAACUACACACUUUUUACACAUUUUUAAAUACAUUACAUUUUGAAAUAUAAUUUCGUAAAACAAA